AUGGAGCGACUUCCUUUCUCUCUUCUGGUUGAUAUUGCGAUUCAGCUUGCCAGCAUAACCGAUAACGAAAAUAACGACUUUGACGUCGCCGUCUCAGGCAUCCGCACCCUGAACACUCCCUCAUCUCCAUUGCGAUGCCUCUCAAAAGGCCGCCUCUCCAGCCUGAACGCCUUCUCGCGUUCCAAUCGCGCGUGCUAUCUGGCCUGCAACCCUGUUCUCCAUGAGACAGCCGUAGCCUUGGAUCUCGUCCGCUUCCUCGUCAGAAAGCCCUAUGAUGAUGACGAACCCGUCGUCGACCGCGCCGACCAUUCCGACGCCGCUGCUGCAAACCCUCAAGCGGGCAAGCACGUCAAUCUCUCUCAACGAGGCACCUUCCCGCCUUUUGAGGCCACCGAGCUCUCUAUAGGGCAGCCCAACUCGGAAGAACUCCACGCGCCCUAUCGGCACGAGAUCAAGUACCAGUCCGAUAUUUCUCUGGCUGCUGCCACCGCAUCCCCCUUACAUGCCGCCGCUUGCGAAGGUCAGGAUGCUACGGUCGCGUGGCUUCUUGACCGAGGCGCCAACAUCGAGGACAUCGCUUUGCACUGCUGCCAGUGCCCUUCUCCGCACAUGCGCUUUCUACUCAAGCAUUCCCUACCACGCGAUCCGGCUUAUGAGGGUGCGCUUCCAACCGAAUCUACCGAAUCCUACCUCCGCUUCUACGAGGCGCCCGCCGCGACUCCCUUGAGCCUCGCUCUGGCUUACGGCCGCCAGUCGACCGCUCAACUCCUCAUACUCAGUGGUGCCGUCUGGGACCGUCCGGCUCCCAUGUCGUACGGGAUCAGCCCGCUCCACAUCAUGGCCGCCGCCGGCAUGAUCGAUUUGUUGCACUGGAUCGCUACGAGGGAGUCCGAGUCACACCCGGAAUGUGCGACUCCGACAUCAGCCGAGAGGCACCACGACUGGCCAGACGACCAGGGUCUCUGCGCUCUUCACUACUCCGCGGUUGCUGGAUCUCGAGGUCUAGACAUUGGCGAUCAUGCUUCGACAACAAUCUUCACAGAGACCCAAGCUCAAGACCUCGUCGACACCCUCCUCCGCCUCGGGUCAGUCGCGUCUCACCCCUUCGAGUACAUUGGCGAACUUGUUGUGGCCGAGAUACGACGUGUGUACAAGAGCUUCGACCUGGGAGAACCCUUGGAUUCCGUUGCUACGCGCGCUGUAAUCUCCGCCAAUACGCUGCUGCAUGAUCAGCUCAAGAUCCGCUCACCCCUGGAGUAUGGCGACGUCACCACGGUGGAGUGCAAGGAAAGUAACAUUAUGGACUUGUUUGUUCUUGUGGGCGCAUUCGUCGAGCUCGUUGGCAGGAUUCGUUUUCCCUGGGCCACCAAUUACCCUUCUAGCAAGCGUCGACUUGCGACGCAGAAGCCCAUUCACCCUCUCCGCGAGGUCGGUCAACUCCACCAAGAGCUCCGCCAGUUUCACCAUGAACAUCUUCGACUGAAGAGCGAGCUUCGCUUCCUCAUGAAGCCUAUUCUGGACGAGUGCGUCAACGAGUCAAUAUCCAACAAAUCCGAACUCGACCGCCUGGAACCCGGUCUACGACGGAGGAUAGUCAAUGACAUCAAGAGCCGCCUCGAAGAGGAGAUGAUGACGACGCUUCUCAUUGAAGAUCUCACCUUGCUGAUGGCUUAA